UUAAACCAAUAAUCUCUCUCUCUCUCUCUCUCUCUCUCUCUCUCUCUCUCUUCUCUUUUCUGUAUAUCUGUCUCUCUGGUGUUGGGUCUACUUUUUUCUUGAGCUUUUGGUACACCAUCUCUCUGUUUCUCUGCUUUUUCUACAGAGAGGACAUAUGGGUUGGUUUCCUUGCUCUGGACAAUCGAACCACACAGCUAAGAAGAAGAGAAAGAAGAAACAGGUUCUUGAUCCGAUCCAACCCACUUCAGAGAAAUUGAAGAAAAAUCCCUCUUUGAAGAUAAAGGAGUCCUCAAAAGAUGGGGGUUCCAAUCAUAUUGCUGCUCAGACUUUUACAUUUCGUGAAUUGGCUGCUGCAACCAGAAAUUUCCGGGGUGAUUGUCUUCUUGGAGAGGGAGGUUUUGGCAGAGUAUACAAGGGGCGACUGGAAAGUUCUAAUCAGAUUGUGGCCAUCAAGCAACUUGAUCGCAAUGGAUUGCAAGGGAACAGGGAAUUUCUUGUUGAAGUGCUGAUGUUAAGUUUGCUUCACCAUUCUAACCUUGUUAACCUGAUUGGUUAUUGUGCCGAUGGAGAUCAGAGACUUUUGGUUUAUGAAUACAUGCCACUAGGAUCUUUAGAGGACCAUCUUCAUGACCUUCCACCUGGCAAGCAACAACUUGAUUGGAAUACAAGAAUGAAAAUAGCUGCCGGGGCAGCAAAAGGAUUGGAGUAUUUACAUGACAAAGCCAGUCCACCUGUCAUAUACCGUGAUUUAAAAUGCUCCAACAUUUUGCUCGAUGAGGAUUAUCAUGCCAAGCUAUCUGAUUUUGGGUUGGCCAAACUUGGCCCUGUUGGGGAUAAUACCCACGUAUCAACAAGGGUUAUGGGUACUUACGGGUACUGUGCCCCAGAGUAUGCAAUGACUGGUCAGUUGACUCUGAAAUCGGAUGUUUAUAGCUUCGGUGUCGUUCUUCUGGAGAUCAUUACAGGCCGUAAAGCAAUUGAAAAUUCAAAAACUGCUGGAGAGCACAAUCUGGUAGCAUGGGCCAGACCUUUAUUCAAAGACAGGAGGAAAUUCUCACAGAUGGCCGAUCCAACGCUCCAAGGUCAGUAUCCUGCGAGGGGCUUGUAUCAAGCUCUUUCUGUUGCAGCAAUGUGUGUUCAGGAGCAGCCUACAAUGCGCCCAGUCAUAGCCGACGUAGUAACAGCUUUGAGUUACCUCGCUUCCCAGAAAUAUGACCCUGAAACCCAGCCAGUCCAAAGCUCCCGCUGGGCUCCUACUACACCUCCUCGGACAAAGAGAGUGACAGAUAAACGACUCAACGGUAGUAGUAGUGGAUCCGAGAGAGAUCGAACCAGAAGGUUGAACUGAGGUUGUUUUCUUGGUGUCAAGUUCUACAGUAUUUCCUUCUGAAUCUGAGAAAACUACUUUGAAAUGUACCAGUUGUGGCUUCAUUUUGGCUGCAUUUAUUUGGUUCCAGCUCAUAAAAUCACAUUACAGGUGCAGAUUGGAGCUCGUUCGUGUGUGUGACUUGCCUUCAAACAUCUGGGUUUUCCCGCAUUUUUAAGAACCAAACAUGUAAGGUUUUCGCACUGUUUAUCUUCCUCAUGUUCUAGUCAAGAUUCUUCUUUUUCUUGUGCCUGUCUCACCUGUAUAGUUAUAUUUUGCAUUCAGUUAUGUAAUUUUUGUAAAAUUGAACAAUUCGAACCAUGACAAUAUUGCAUCACUGAUUUGAAAUACAUAUGGAAAUAUCACAAUGGCAUGGGUUUUUUUUUUUU